CCGCUGGCAUUACUGCCAUCGUUGGCUUGGCCGCUGGACGCCGGACUGCUGCACUGCCGCCGUCGCAGAUUGUGUUAAUUGAUUUCAAUUGGCUCCACGCCAUUUGAGUGGCCCGUUGAAUCUCCCGACGAUGCCAGCAACGAUGUUUGAUUCCCAGCUGAGUUUGUGCGCGGGUCGCAUUGUCGCCGAUUCCACCACCACCACUACCUCCGGCAUGGAUGGAUGCGAUGGUGCCAAGACGAUGAUAUGCCGCGCUUGUCUUGUGCUACUGGGUCCGCAGGAUGCGUGUCACAAUCUGGACAGCGAACAGGAUCUGGCCAGCAAGUACUACGGCUGUACUGGAGAGGAUGCCGUUAGGGAUUUGCCACCCCAGUUGGUGCUGAAAAGCAUCUGCGAGUGCUGCUAUCAGUUGGUGCAAAAGUUCCACGACUUUCAACGCAUGUGCGCAGAGUCCUUGCGCAAUUUUGAGAAGCUGCUGCAGGACAUCGACAUCGGAUGCCACAAACUGGAGGACCACACUUGGCACGACUUGGACACCCCCUCGGAGAGCAACGAGUCCACUAAUCCGGAAGCCCAGUCGCACGCACCCUGCAUCGCAGCGACGCAGGAGAUUGUGAGUUUUAUCUGGCCACAAGUGUGCCUGCCUCUGGCCGUAAUCUUAUCUAGAAUCACAUUGGGUGCUUCGCUCGAGGAGGAAGUCUACGUAAUAGAGGACGAGUCAGCCAAACAGGAUCUGGGCCAGGAGAAGCUAUCCAUUUCUAGCAAGUUGCUGGGUGCCAGAAAACGACGAGGAGUGCGACACACCCUCGAGUGCCGAAUUUGCCACCGUGGCUUCUACAAACCGUCGCUGCUGGAGGCCCAUAUGCAGCAGCAUGAGGGUCUGAGACCGUAUACCUGCGUCCAUUGUGCCAAGAGCUAUGCCCGGGCCAAUCUGCUGGAGUCGCACCUGCGGCAGAUGCAUAACAAUGCCGACGCUGCGCGGAUCAUCUAUGCCUGUCCGAGCUGCAACAAGGUGUACACAGCGAACCGAAGUCUCAAAUAUCACAUGAGAAGGACGCACGAAAGGUAUCACGAGUCAGAGUCCCCGGAUGCGCGGCACAUUUGUGAGGAGUGUGGCAAGUGCUUUGCGCGAAAGGCACAUCUAACGCGCCACAAGAUGGUCCAUGGUAGCGUUGAGGGUCGGAGAUACUGCUGCGAAUGCUGCGAUCGCAGAUUCUACACCAAGGAGAACAUGGUGGAUCAUCUGCUGCGCAAGCACGGCAAUAAGAAUCUGCUGCUCAGAUGCAGAAAAUGCGGACGCAUUUUCCAGAACAGCGUGGAGCUCAACGCUCACGGGAGGAAACACAAAGCGAUGGAUGUAGUUCAAUAAUUCGUUUUAUUUGUGGUUUCAAUAACAUCAAGCUAACACAACUGUUACAAUGAUUCGAAUUACUUGGAAUUUUGUUAUGCCAGUAUUGUGGGAGAAUGCCGCAUAAUUGGAGAUACUAAGACGACGCGAAUGGUUGACGAAUCGAUGAGGCUGCCCUAAAAUUAGCUAACAUUCACAUAAUGGCCGGCGCAGCAGCAUAGUCGCUUAAAAAUCAUCAGUACAAAAAAAUGGCGAUGGCGAUGGCGCGCACUCGCAGUAGUUCUCAAAAAAGUAAUCAUGCGUAUAUAAAACAAUUAACUAAAAUUUAUCCUUAAGCUUAAAGAACGGAUGACAGUUUUAAAAUUACAUUACCAAUACAUUCAUUUAUCAUUAAUUUGUAGGGAGGAGGAAAGAAAUGAGAAUAAAAACCAGAUUAUCCGUCAAUCGAUCGACAAUU